UUGGUCAUACUGAAACCUGAAGGUGCAAAGGAGAUGUGUUGAAAGCGUCUGUGUUUCAGUUCGAAGGAGAGGUUUACGGUAUAUUAAGAUGUCUAUUGGGGUGCCGAUUAAAGUUCUACACGAAGCCGAAGGGCACAUCGUAACGUGCGAAACAAACACCGGCGAAGUGUAUAGAGGGAAACUGAUUGAGGCGGAGGAUAACAUGAACUGUCAGAUGAUAAAUAUCACUGUUACAUACCGGGAUGGAAGAGUAGCACAGCUAGAAAACGUGUACAUUCGUGGAUCGAAAAUCAGAUUUCUUAUUUUGCCAGAUAUGUUGAAGAAUGCCCCUAUGUUCAAACGUCAAGGCAACAAAGGGACUGGUGGAGCCGGUAGAGGGAAGUCAGCAAUUCUUCGAGCUCAAGCUGCACGUGGACGGGGUCGUGGUGGACGUGGCCGAGGAGGUGGCAGCUGGCAGGGUGGCCCUGGAGGAGGUCCCGGAGGUGGGAGAGGACGGGGAGAACGAUCAUGAACGUCAUUCACAUUGGUGUGCAGUUUGACACUGAAAAUCAAUUUCAACAUUCAGUACAUUGAAUAUUUAAGUAAAUACAAGUGCAUUUUUUUGUAUGCUGUAUAAUAAAUUCAUAAAACAUUCUAAACUCCUUCUUGGCAGGUUUUUCUGUAGCACUGUUCAGUAGGCACUUUGCAGGUUUACAGAUGGAUUAGUAAAUCACAAGUUGUAGAGUUAUAGUAGAAAGUCUCAUUUAGUGGUCUGUGUGACACUAGAGCUGUUAUACCAUGGUCUAUAUUUAUUAUACUUUACUUAACCAUACUUUGCUGAUGUUGGAUUUCUGCGGUGGACUUGUAAGUGCAUACCAAUAUUUUGGAGUAACAUUGUGUAUCCAUCUCCUCUGCAGUGUUGGUAUUUACCUACAAGUUCACAGGAUGUUACAGCUCAGGAGACCAGCAUUGGUAUCACUGCAGUGAGGUAUAUAGAACAGAGUGGCAAUUGAAAGUGUGUAGAAGCAUCAGUUGGCACUAUGUUGUUCAUUAAUCAAAAUACCACUGCAGUUUAUUUUGUUUAUUACUCUUUAUCAGAAGCUAGCGCAUCAUUUGUUAUCACACUGGAGUGUACGUUGCAACCAGUGAACUCAUUUGUUUGGAAAGGAAAUUUCUGAAAUUUCUCUGUCACACAUUUACUAGACUUGUGUUUACUGAACCAUAAAUGUCUUAACCACAGCAGAAGGAUGCAGUGUGUAUUUAUAUUGUCUUCAGGAUACUUAUUGUCCAUGGAAUGUGGAUCACUUACAGAAGAAAUGAAACGAGUGGAAUUAUGCAUUGUUCAGAUACAAAGUUCAAAACAAAUAUAUUCAGUGGAUUGUUUUUAAAUGUUUUAAUAAUUCAGUACUUGACAAUAAAUAUAAUCAUUCAGCUG